GAACAAUGUUCAAUCAAAACUCUGGCACUACAGGUGGAUUUUCUUUCGGCUCUGGUAAUACUGCCGCCGCACCAGCCUCUGGUGGUUUCUCCUUCGGGAGCAGCGCAGCUAAACCGGCAACCACUGCUGCCAACACCAGCUUCUCGUUUGGCUCCACUGCUCCCGCUGCUCCUACCGCUGGUACCAACACCAGUUUCUCGUUUGGCUCCACCGCUCCCGCUGCUCCUACUGCUGCUGCUCCUACCGCUGGUGUCAACAAUAGUUUCUCGUUUGGCUCUUCCGCCCCCACUGCUUCCCCUUCCACUGGAUUUGGUGCUGCCAAUACUGCAUCUAACUCCGCCCCUUCUACUGGGUUCAGCUUUGGGGCCAGUGCCGCCCCAAGCAGUGGAAUUUCCUUUGGCAACAAGCCGGCUGCCACCACCGGUGGUUUCUCCUUAGGCACCCCUGCUGCAGUCGCUAGUACUACUGGCGGCCUAUUUGGUGGUAAUACGGGUACCAAUGCUACUGGCAGCACUGGUGGUCUAUUCGCUAACGCUGGUACGUCUGGCAGUUUAUUUGGUAGUACUCCGGCCGCCACUGGAACCACCGGUGGCUUUUUUGGAGGUACGGCCAAUACCAGUCUGAACACAAGCACCGGUAUGUUUGGUCAGAACAAUACAGCAACCCAAGCCAACGCCCCAACUGCUUCGAACGCUUUGCAGUCGUCACAGCCAUCGUUUGCCUGGUCAAGCCAAGCCCAACCACAGACCACACAGCCGCAACAGCCACAACAGCAGCUCCAGAUUUCCAACCCUAGCAACAUAUACAACCCGUCAAUUGCAGACCAGCUCAUGAAGUUAACCAGUGCCUGGAACGCCAACUCAGACACGUGUCUCCUCCGCACCCAUUUCUACAACAAGGUGUCUGAGAAUGAGGCGCUUGCAUACGCCCAGCAGCGCCCCCAGAAUGAGACUCCAGAGUCCUGGGAAAAGGCUAUGCAGAACAGACCAGAUCCAAAAACUACCGUUCCAGUCCGCGCCUCUGGUUUCGAAGACGUGUCGAAGAGAGUCGAAACACAGACUCAGUUUGUGGCUUCCAGCAGAAUGUUGUUGAACCAGAUCAAUGAAAAGCAGAAACAAUUAGCCGAGAAGCACGAGUUGGACACCGCCACGCGCGUGGCCCAUGCCAAGCAGAAGCACACACAGUUGGCAAGACGGAUCUUACGCCUCGCGGCGAUCCUUGCAGUCAUCAAGUCCAAGGGCUACCCGUUGUCUCCAGAGGAGGAAGUGUUGGCCAAGCAGUUUGAGGAAUUGAACAAAACCUUAGUCAACCCAACAGGUUUGGGCCGGGUGAACGAGAUAUUUGCGCGUUUGGCAAUCUUGAAAGACAGAGCGAGCAACUUGUCGACUCAGUUAGACCAGAAGCUCGGGCAAGACAACGACGGCGCUGAAGCGGAGAAGAAGAACUCGGAAUCUAUCAACAAGAUUUUGGGUGUGUUAAGCAAACAGCAGGUGGGGUUGCAGUAUUUGAACGACGUUUUGGAGAAAGACAAGGAAACGUUAGCAAAGCUUGAAAAGUAAUGUAUAUUAAAGAUGUUAAU